GCGAGGACUUUCGUCAACAUGAGCGUUUGUGGUACUGCGAUCGGUACUAGAUCUUGAGACAAGAGUCUAAAAGGGGAGAGGAUGCAGUUCUUACUUCUCCCCCUCCCCCUCCCUCUCCUCCUUCUCCUCCUCCUCCAUGAUCGUCAACGUCGCAUGUCAUGCUCUUACGUCCUCAUCCUCGCCCAGCUGUUGGUGGUUCAGCUCGUGGUUAGGCCUGUGAGGGGGUCGGCAGUGUACACAUCAUCGUCAGACAGGGUGCUUGGCGCUGGAAACCGACUGCCGCUGCGCGAACUCUCUCGCUCGCCGCUAUGCGAAGGUCUGGUCCAGAUUUACGGUUAUCCGUGCGAGGAGCACGAGGUAACAACGGAUGAUGGGUUUAUCCUGACCCUACAGCGGAUUCCGUACGGAUUAAAAGGGGCAGACAGCGGCCAUGGCGAUGGCGACAUGUCGAAGGACAGGAGGAGGCCGCCUUUGCUGAUGCAGCACGGAUUGUUCUCGGGAGGAGAGAGCUGGCUUCUCAGCCCGCCGGACGAAAAUCUUGCGUUCCGUCUCGUCGAGCAGGGGUACGAGGUGUGGAUAGCCAACGGUCGAACGAGUCGGUGGAGCCAUGGACACGCGAAGUGGCGGCCAGAAGACAAAGAGUACUGGGACUGGAGCUGGGACGAGAUGGCGCUGUACGAUGUCCCGGCCAUGCUGCGGCACAUAUAUACUGUCAGAAAUGGAAGCAAGGUGACGUACCUAGGCCAUUCCCAGGGAACGAUUAUGGGCCUAGCGGCAUUCUCGCUGCGGAAAAUCACGCACAUGGUGGAGGCGGCGAUCCUGUUGUGCCCGAUCGCGUACCUGGAUCAUGUGUCGUCCGCAUUUGUCAGAGUCGCGGCGUCUGUGUACAUCGACAAGCUUUUGAUGUCGGCCGGAUUGCACGAGUUUAAUCUGCGCAGCGAAGUCGGUGCCGAGCUGGUUGGCCGAGUGUGCGAUCACAAGGGAGUGGAUUGCAGCGAUCUCUUGGCGGCCAUCACCGGCCCGAACUGUUGCCUGAAUAGGACGCGCACGUGGUUCGAGUUACAUUGGAGCUCUGAGGCGACGUCCGUGAGAAACCUUGCUCAUCUCUCGCAGAUGAUCCGGAGUGGCACUUUUUGCCGCUACAAUUUCGGAUGGUUCAGCAAUGUUAGGCAUUAUGGCUAUUUUUAUCCGCCCAUUUACCCCCUGUCGAAUGUUCCGAUCUCUCUCCCGAUGAUGCUACUUUUCGGCGGGGCGGACUCGCUGGCCGAUCCUUAUGACGUCGCGCAUCUCAUGAUCUCCUUGCCUCAGAUUCCGCGACUCGUCUAUCUCAGCAGGUACGCGCACAUGGACUUCAUCGUGGGCAUCAACGGCGCGGAGGACUUUUUCGAUCAAAUCUUCGACUUCUUGAAUCACGUGCAGAAUGGAUCGUACACAGCUCCGACAGAACUUCCCGCCGAGAUCGCUCAGCUACUCGGCGAUCGAAGACUGCAAAAUACAAUUUCUUCGCGCCGUUCGCAACAGCGCACAUUGCUGAUUCAGAACGGUUGAUCGAAUCACCUCAGCUUCAGCAACUCUUCAACCUCAGCGGGUAUCGCGCACAUGGAUUUCAUCCGUGUGCACCAAUGGUGCGGAGGAGGUUUUUCACCAAAAACCAAAACAGUCUUCGACUACUACGACUAGUACUUGAAUUACGUGCAGAAUGGAUCGUACGCAGCUCCAACAGAACUUCCGGCCGAGAUCGCUCACCUAAUGCUGGGUGAAAAAGGACUUAAACAUACAUUGUCAAUCCCUUUUUGUCGCUGUCGCACGCACGCUGCUGACGUGUUGAUGUAAUGAAUGAUGUCAGAUAAAUUCCCAACAAUGGCAUGUUCUGGGAUGAAUGACAGUUACAGUGGGGAUAGCUCACCACAUUUAAUGUGCGAGGCUGAGCUCCGUCCAUUCGGAGGAUGUGGUGCUUAUGAAGAGGGAGAGGGAGGGAGGGAGAAAGAGAGGGAGGAGGGGAAGGAGGAGAGGAAGGAAGGGUAUGGGUAGAGUCUGUCUAUUCACAAGUGGACCAAGUGGUCAGUCUCUGGAGCAAGGCAAUACAUGUGCAGGGUCAGCAAUGAGCUAUUCCCAAAGUCCUCCUUGACUUCUAGAGUAACUGUUGUGAAGAGCCGAUGUAUCGGGUAGGCUCAGCUGUGAUGAAUGGUCAAGGUCCUCCUUCAAGUUGGCUAUUGGAGUUCUGAAGAGCCAAGGUAUCGGGAACGUGCCAGGCUGAGCUCCUUCCAGUCGGAAGACGUGGUGCUUAUCAAGAGGGAGGGAGGGAGGGAGGGAGGGAGGGAGGGAGGCAGGUAGGGAGGUAGGGAGGGAGGCAGGUAGGGAGGUAGGGAGGGAGGUAGGUAGGUAAGGAGGGAGGGAGGGAGGAAGGCAGGCAGGGAGCGAGGGAGGAAGGGAGGCAGGUAGGUAGGUAGGGAGGGAGGGAGGGAGGGAGGAAGGGAGGAAGGGCAUGAAUAGUCUGUCUAUUCACAACUGGUGGUCAGUCUCUGGAGCGACGCAAUAUAUGUGCAAGGCCAACUCUGAGAAAUGCUCAAGCUCCUCCUUGGCUGCUGGGUUUGUGAAGCGCCAAUGUAUAGGGAGCGGACCGUUUGGUACCCACGUGGUUGUCCGGGGAAGAGGUCUGAAGUGAAAGCAUAAGUAUUCUACUCUCAUGAUUACACACUCCGGUCAAUCUCAUAGCUGCUCUGGUUAAUGUACUGACUGCUGUUGAUGGCGGAGAGUCCGCUAACUCUGGUUAAUGGUCCAGUUAAGGGGAUGGACGAGGAUGCGAUGUAUUUGUUUGUCACUUGAGAAGUGUCAUUCAUGAAGGUGAAGAUUUCUGAGAACGUCAGACUCUGAAGGCGGUGCUGUCCUCCAAGAUUUUGAACGGGCCACUUAUUGGCCAGAUCAAGUUUGAAGAUUACCCUCAACCAGAUAAAGGUCACCUUAUGUCCCACCACUGUAUGGUUGAACUUGGGAUCUGCAGCCUCUCUCUCUCUCUCUCUCUCUCUCUCUCUCUCUCUCUCUCUCUCUCUCUCUCUCUCUCUCUCUCUCUGUGUGUGUGUGUGUGUGUGUGUGUGUGUGUGUGUGUGUGUGNUCUCUCUCUCUCUCUCUCUCUCUCUCUCUCUCUCUCUCUCUCUCUCUCUCUGUGUGUGUGUGUGUGUGUGUGUGUGUGUGUGUGUGUGUGUGCAUGUGUGUGAGCAUAGUGGAGUUUGGGAUCUGUGGACUCUGAAGGCAGACUUAGACAGUGAAGAGUCUAUUUUCAGUGUUUUUUUUGUUUUCUGUUUUUCUUUUUUUUUUGAAGUGAGGGCAACAUAACAAGGUGUCCAUCGUCAGUUACGGGGACCAAGAAGAUGAUCUUAUACGAGCUUAGUAUUAUGGUCCUCCAGCUCGGAAUAGCUAUAGCUCACAGUCAGCGGCCGCAAAAGAUGCACCUGUUAUUGGCCAUUUCCGU